AUGGCCGCUCCAAGGGGGAACGAUGCCGAGGAUGCCGAGGAGGGCCAACACAAUCAUCGCAAUCGCCGCACAAAAGAAAGUGUCCAAGAAGAAAUUUACACGUCUGGCGACGUUCCUUUUGCCUGCCUUCCCUGCUUGAUAAUGGCUUUUCUCAUCUUGUUUUUCAUGUUGUCCGUCCUCAGCUAAAGUGGGGUCUGUGAGGUGGUUUCUCGUGUCGGUACGCAUGAGGUUUCGCUGCACAAAGCCGCCGGCAACAUCACCACGGUUCACAAGGAUGUCGGUCCGGGGCUCACCGUCGACGUGUCGGUGGCCAUCAACACAGGCGCCACACAAGGCCCCAGUGGUGCAACGGCAGCUGGGAGCAGCGGGUCCAUCGAGAAGUGCACCAAGAAGCACCUUGCUGGUCUGGAAGGCUACCUCAUCGACCUAGACGGCACCAUGUACGAGCCGGGUAUGGAACAAGAUCCACACACAGAAGGCUUACCAUCGCAUCUGCACUGCAACAGAUGAUGUCUGCAUGCACGUUUUUUCUCACAGGCCGUCUUUUGCCGGGCGCACAGGAAUUCUACAGCUGGUACGGAUGACGGGAAGGGGUGGGAUGGAUGGAUGGUGCAUAAAGCUGGCAUCAAGUGAUGGAUCAGUCUGAAUCGGUGUGGCGUGCAGGUUGCGAUACGAACAAGGCGUACGCAUUCGUCACCAACUCCCAGUGAGACAAAAAGGCCACAGGCAACUGUUUGGCAUCCACCGAUCCCCACGCAAUCCCGCUUUCUGCAGGGAAAAGGGCCCCGAGGGUGUCCAAGCUAA